AUGGUUGGUUUUUAUCAGUCUUUCUUGGUCAUUACCCUGGGGAUUUUGGUUUCGGCAGCCGACUUCUCUUCAGUUGAUAUCGACUUCUCCUUUGCCAAGCAGUGUGGAAAGCGCAAUACUGCUGUGCGGAAGGAAUGGGGAGAGUUGAAGAAAGGGGAGCGGAUCGAUUAUAUCGAUGCGGUAUUGUGUAUGCAACGGCAGCCUCAGCAUCUUCCAAGAGACAAGUACCCGGGAGUGCAGAACCGCUUUGACGAUUUUGUGGCUACCCAUAUCAACUACACACUCAAUGUCCAUCUUAGUGGUCUAUUCCUCCCGUGGCACCGUCACUUCAUCUGGCUCUGGGAGACAGCCCUGCGCGACGAGUGUGGUUACACUGGCCAUCUCCCAUACUGGAACUGGCCAUUAUGGUCCGAGAAUCUAAAAGCCAGCCCACUGUUCGACUGCAGCGACAGCUCCCUCUCCGGCGACGGCGAAUACAACCCGGAAGAAGAAAGCAUCUCAGGCGGCGCCGUAACUCUCCCACGCGGAUCAGGUGGUGGCUGUGUCCGAUGUGGACCAUUCAAAGACAUGAAAGUCCAUAUGGGCCCAUUUGAUCGCAAUAUCGCCUCAUUCACCAAACUCCCCGCCCCAGGCUUCGACUACAACCCGCGCUGCUUUAAUCGCAGUCUGAACAAUUUCGUCAGUAGCAACUACGAUAACGUGACCAUCGUCGACAGACUCCUGGCCGCGACCAAUAUUUCCGAUUUCCAAGUCGUCAUGGAUUACUGGCCCGCACGACCGGACGGGGUUCUGGGCGUUCAUGGCGGCGGACAUUUCAGCCUCGGAGCCACCCUCCAAGAUUUGUUCGCGUCGCCGCAGGACCCGGCUUUUAUGCUCCACCACGGUAUGAUCGAUCGGUUGUGGAGUAUUUGGCAAGCGAAGGAUGAGAAUAAUCGGUUUGCGCUUAAUGGGACGAAUAGGAUUACUAAUCCACCCGAUGCGAGGAUUGUUACGUUAGAUAUGAUGAUGGAGUUUGGUGUGCUCGAUCGGUCUCGGUCGGUCGGUGAGGUUAUGGAUCCGACUAGAUACUAUUGUUAUUCGUAUAGUUGA